CUAGUAUAGAAAAUAUUUUGACAUCAGAAGACUUAUUAAUAGGUGAAAGUUUUCUUGAUGUUGGUACUUUUGAGAAUAAUAAUAAUUCAAAUCUUGAGGAUGUUGAAGACAGUACUAAUAGUGAACCAGACAGUAAUGAUAAAGACAACUUUGAGAAUACCAGUGAUCAACAGUUGAGAAACUUACCUCUAUCUCAUGUUGAAAUCUACUGUGGAAAGACCUUUGAAACGUAG